AUGAGUUAGAAUAUUAUUGGAAUCAAAAAUGCUGACAUCUCUACAUUUGAAGAUUUCAGAGACCUUUAUGUCAUAGGGUUUAACAUACCUAUAUUUCUAGGUACUCCCUCACAAACCUUGACUGUCACUAUGUUUCUUUCUAGCCCAGUUAAUAUAACAUUUGCUUAGAAUCUCAAUAUGAUUUUCAAUUCUGAAUGCUCUGUUUAAAACAUGUGUCCUUAUGCAAUAAGUAAUUUAGGGAUUGCUAAUUUAUUCUACGAAGAAAAAAAAUCAUCAUCUCUUAAGUCAAUAAUUAACAAAGGUCCAAAGGUUAAAACCAUAGAAAAUUAAAUCUUUCAUGGAAAUAAUAUGGUUGACCAAAUAAAAUUUGCUCCAAACGAAAUAUCCAUGGAAAUGAAUUUCGUUUCUAUCAGUCAUUUUAAUUUACAAGAAAAACUGAAUGACGGAAUCAUAGACUUAUCUAGUGGCAAUUAAAAUAACAUUUUCACUUAAGGAUAUUUAUAGAAAAAGCUAAUAUCUCCAAAAUUUUCAUUCAGCUAUGAUAAAAUAGGAAGAACUGACUUAAGAUUUAAUUAUAAUGAUUAAAUUUUAGAGUAACUACCUGCUUUACCCACAUAUUCCAAAUAAUUUUGGGAUUUUUAAAUGGUAGGAAUGUUUAUUGAAAAUAUAAAUGUUCUACCAUUAGCUCACUUUUAGACAGUUGUCAUUCAAUUUUACAUUAUCUCUGCGCUUCCAAGAAAAAUAGUUGAAUAUCUUAACUAGGAAUAUAGUUAAUAUUUUUUAAAAGGUGGAAGGUAUAAUUAACUUAACUAAGAAGUUUGUUUUAAAGAAAUAUCAUUUUUAGACAUAGUUAUUUAUACUAAGGAAUAUAAAUUUGUAAUACCUAUUAGGUAUUUUUUUUAUUUAAACAAUGAUUUACAAUGCAAAAUAAAUGUUUCAAAAACAAAUGUAUUAUUUGGCAUUUAAUAAAUCCAAGAUUAAAAUAUAGUAUUUGACCCACUAAAUAGCACCCUUUAGUUCCCAAAAGACUAAUAAAUGAAGCACCUUUCUAUAUAUUUAUAUUAUCCUAUAUUUUUGAUGGGAUCGAUUAAAGCAGGCUUAUUAGUUCUACUGUUUAUUAAAUUAAAUAAUACAUAUAUAUCUUUACUGGAAGAAAAUGAUAAAUGGAAGUUAAUUUUCUACCAAAAUAAUAAAUUAAAAAAUACACAAUAAAGCAAAGAAAAAUAAAUAGUAACUGAUCAAUCAAAAAUUUUAGCUUAAAAAAAUUAUAUCAUUAGCGAGUUAAUAUAGUUAUCAAAGGAGACAUGUAUUGAUAACCAUAGCAAUCUAUGUAAUUCAAGCAAGUAAAGCCACAUCUGUAAUUACGUAGUUUGA